AUGAGCUCGCUCAAUGCCCCGGAUUCAGAAGCGUUUCAAUUCAACGCACCCUCCAGCCGGCCGCUCUCCGACAUAACAAUCGUCGCUCUCGAACAGGUCAUCUCCAUGCCUCUCGCAACCCGCCAUCUCUCCGACCUCGGCGCCCGGGUGAUCAAGAUCGAGCGUCCCGGGACGGGGGACUUUGUACGGCACCACGACAAGCGCGUGCGAGGGAAACUCUGCAGCCACUUCGUGUGGACGAACCGCAACAAAGAAUCUCUCGCGUUGGAUAUCAAACAACCUCGCGACAUGGGGGUGCUCCGAAAGCUAGUAUGCGAGAAGGCCGACGUGUUUGUUCAAAACUUGAGGCCAGGUGACGCCGAAAAGAUGGGCUUGGGGUACGAAGAUAUGAAAGCCAUGAUGAAUGCAGCGUACCCCGGAGAAGGGAGGGGCGAUAGAUUGAUAUAUGCAUCGAUCAGUGGCUACGGAGCCAACGGUCCAUAUGAGCAUAAGAAGGCGUAUGAUCUACUCGUACAGGCGGAGGCCGGGUUGUUGAGCAUCACUGGCACGAAAGACGAGAUGGCCAAGGUAGGGUGCUCAAUAGCGGACAUCGCGGCGGGCAUCUAUGCAUACAGCAGCAUUUUGGGAGCGAUCAUUCAAAGACAGAAGACCGGGAGAGGGUGUGUGAUUGAUGUCUCCAUGUUAGAAGCCCUGGUCGAGUGGAUGGGGUUUCCUCUGUACUACGCAUUUGAAGACCAAACGGCGCCGAAACGGGCCGGGGCAGCGCAUGCGAGCAUUUAUCCUUACGGCCCAUUUUCGACCGGCGUUGCGCCUGACGGGAGUUUGGGUGCACAGGUCAUGCUCGGCGUGCAAAAUGAGCGGGAGUGGAAGGUCCUGGCCACCGAAGUCCUCGAGCGCGAGGAUCUGACCACAAACCCAAAGUUCAAGGACACGGCGUCGCGAAGCGACAACCGGGCCGAACUCGAAUCCAUCAUCAGCGGUAUCUUCGCGUCGUGGGGAGAUGGAGCCGAAGAGGUCGUCCGGCGCCUUGACAAGGCUGGUAUUGCGAAUGCAAAAGUCAAUGACAUGCAGGGGGUGUGGAAACAUGAACAGCUCGCGGCGCGAAGACGAUUCAGGGAGGUCGACAGUGAAGUCGGACCAAUCAAGGCGUUCUUGCCUCCUGGGAUGAGCUCCGAUCUGGACGCGAGGAUGGAGAGAAUCCCAGCAGUGGGCGAGCACAACGAAAAGAUCCUGAGCGAAUUGGAGUCUUCCAAGGCGAAGAUAUAG